AUGUUAAAAUUUGUUAGCAUAUUGCUGCUGACAUUGGUGUUAGUGAAAUCAACAGAAAUUCAUGGAACCAUCAAUGUGAAAGUUAUAUUACCGAAUUAAAUUUACUCAUAGGAAUCAAGUGAAGAACUUGAUAAUGCAUAUAGAUAGGAUGAAUUACUAGAAAAUAAAGUAAUGAAAGAUGUUGCUAUGUAUAAAUGCAUUCUAUUCAGCUUAGAAGUUUUCUUGAAACAGGUAGGUCUAUAGAAGUGAACGAAAUAAAGGAUUAAUCCAUUGAAAUUUGGUAACAAAAAUCAUUAGAAAUUGAAUAACAACCACUUAUCAAAGCUGAAGAUUCAAAUGAAAAUACUUAAAAUACUUAAGUCUAAUCUAAUUAAGUAAAUAAAGAAUCAGAAAGCUAAUAAAAGAAAAUGUCAAUUAAAGUACAGAAAAAAGACAAUAUAUCAAUUGAAUAAUCAGCUAAUGAUAUUAUCACUAAUUCAAAUAAUGAUGUCCAAGCUAAAGAUAAUACAAAUUAAGCAGACUUAUAAAAUGAAAAUACAUAAAAAAAGUUUUCUGUUUCUGUAAGUAAAAUACACAAACCAGAUGAUACUAAUGUUGAUUAAUAAAAAUAAGAUAUAUAAGAAUUAUAAGAUACUAAUUAAGAGAUUUAAUAAUAAAAAGUCUAAAAUACAUUAAUAGCAAAUAACGAUACAGAAAUAUAAACUUAAGAUAAUACUGAAAUUAUAUAAAACGUUUAAGAAGUUGUUGGAAAUUAAAUUGAGACUUAGAAUACAGAUGUAAAUAAAUAAUAAGUUGAUUCAUCUGAACAACAAUUAAAAAUUGAAUAGAAUUAAGAUGAAAUCUCAACUUAGACUCAAAAUCAAAUUGAUACUUAAGCAGAAUCUAUUGAAAAUUAAAAUGAUUUAAGUAUUUCAUCCUUUGAUAUUGAAUAUUCAGAAUCACAAUAAUAAAAUGAGAAUAUAGUAUAAAAAGAAUCUACUGAAAUAGUUUCUUAAGAAAAAUAAGAAUUAAAUACAUUGAAUGAUAAUAAUGUUAAUAAAAUAUCUGUUGAAAACAAUUAAGAAGAAACUAAAUAAUCAAAUAAUGAUAAUUCAUAAAAGGAAAUCGUGAUUUAAGAUAUUAAAAUAGAACCUUAACCAAUUUUAUAGAGUGAAGAUAACAGUUAAUAAACUGAUAAUCUUAAAGUUGAUGAUUCAGAUAUUGUAGUCAAAACAGAUCAAGAAGUAAAGGUUAUACCUAUAGAAUCUGAUUCAAAAAAUUCAGAUUAAGGAGAAGAAGAUGCCACUCCAGCUGAUUCAACUGAUGAAUAGCCUUAGAAUAAUCCAGAAACAUAAUAAUAAUAAAAUUAAAGUCAAAAGACUAAAGCUACUGAUGAUGAUAAAUAGGAUUAACCUAUUGAAGAAAAUACAUAAUGUGAUGGCGAAGAAUUAGAUACUGUGCAUGCAUAAGAUAAUCAUAAUGAAGCUUAAGUUAAUACAGAAACUUAAGAAAAUAAAGAAUAAAAUCCUUAAGAGAACACAGAUAUGAAAGUAGAUGUUAAAACAGAUGUUUAAUCAGAUGUUUAAUCAGAUUCUAAAGUAGAUGUUAAAACAGAUGUUUAAUCAGAUGCUAAAGUAGAUGUUAAAACAGAUGUUAAAUCAGAGGUUAAAUCAGAAGCUAAAUCAGAAUCUAAAUCAGAAGAUAAAACAGAAGUUAAAACAGAUGCUAAAACAGAAGUUAAAUCAGAAGUUAAAUCAGAUGCUAAAACAGAUGUUUAAAAUAAAAUUGAAAAAUAAUAAUAAUAAUAAUCAGUGAAUUAAGAGAAAAAUAAGAAAGGUGAAUAAUAAUAAAAAUAAUCUGAAGCACCAGAUUUUAUGAUUAAAAAGAAUUAAUUAACUAAGAAAAUGAAAGAAGUCAUUAAUGAUAUGAAAGAAUCAGAAAAAGCUCCUUAAAAUAAAUUAUAUAGUUUGAAUGUUUCAAAUUUAGAUCCAGAUGAUGUAAUAGUAAUAAAAGACACUUCAUAUUUUGAUACAGAUGCUGAAAUAUCAGUAUAAGAAAUAAAGAAUCCAGAAUAAUAAUUAAUUGGAGAAGUAGUAAAAGUUGAAGCUGAAGUUGAGAAAGUUGAUCUAAGUAUAUUUUCUGAUGAUAGUUCUGAUUUAAUUCCAAUAAUUGUUGAAGAUACAGAUAAUAAUAUGUAAACUGAAAUUAUAACUGAUGCAAUUAAAGAUGUUACAGAAAAAGAAAUUGGAAUAAUCUAAGAUUAAAAUUUGGGAGAAGCUGCUGUUGAUGUUUAAUCCUUGAUUUCUGAUUAAGUUGAAAUUAAUGGUAAUUAAAUUACUAAGAAUAACAUUGCUUAAAAUGAUUAUACAUUGGAUUAUGAUUAAUUGGAAACUGAUGUUAUUUUAAAUAAGAGUUUAAAUAAUGAUGGAACUACUUUUGAUUAAUUCCAAUCAUAAUUGGAUGAAUUAGCAAAAGAACUUGAUAAUCUUAGUCUAGAUUAACCUAUUUUAGAAGAACCAUAAGUUAUUGAUACACAAUAAAAUGAAAUUUCAAAGGAGGAUCAAUAAUAUUUAACAAUUGUUACUAAUAAUGAUUCUAUUAUUGAUAAUACUGUUUCUGAUGAUGAUUACUAUUUAGAUGAUUUAGAUAAUGAAUUAGAUUAAAUUAUUUAAGAAUAGACAAAUGUCAAAUCUGAACCUGUUGUUUAAGAAUAAGUAAUUGAAUAGAGUAAAGUUAUUCAAUAAAAUGAUGAUAUUUAAUAAAACAAUUAAGUUGAAUAAAAUAAUGAAGUUUAAGAAUAAGUUUAAUAAUAAACAAUUGAAUCUAAUUAAAAUAUGGAAUCAGAUGAGAAUUAUGAUAAUUAUAGUGAAGAUUAUUAUUAAAUUGAUAAUCAAAAUGAAUAAGAGUAAUUAUAAGAUUAAAUUGAUUAAUCUUAAAUUGAGUCUUCUUCAAUUAAUUAAUCUUAAAACUUAUAAGAUGAAAUUUAAUAAGAAGAUUUAGAAUUAGAAAAUGAAGAAAUAUUUGAAAGUUAAGUUUAAUCUAAUGAUGAAGCUGUUGUAAGUGAUGGAGUUAUUGUUGAUACUGGUGAUUCUUAUUCUAAUUAUGAUCAAGAAUCUGAUAUUAAUAAAGAUUAUGAUCUAUAAUUUGAAGAUGAAUCUUAGAAGUAGGAAUCUACUAUAGAAUAAAAAUAAGAGUAAAUCCCACAAAAUGUAGAAGUUAAUCAAGAAGUUAAAAUUGAUAAUUCACAUUAAUAAGAGACAGUAGUCUAAAAUUAAAUAGAUAAUUAAGUUGAAAAUUAAAUAAAUGAGAAUUCAGUAGUAGAUUAAUAAGACAAUUAAGUAGUUGUUGAAUAAAAUAAUUAAGUUGUAGAUACUAAAGUAAAUGAUUAAUAAGAAGAAACUAAAGUAAAUGUUUAAUAAUAAAAUAAUUAAUAAAAUUAAUAAUAAUCAGAUAAUAAUAAUACUAAUGAUACAUAACCAUAAAUUGAAUCUUAAUAAGAAAAUGUUACUAAAUCAGAAACAGAAAUUUAAUCUACUAAAUCAGAAACGGAAAUAUAAUCUACUCAAUAACCAGAAUAGUAAAUCCAAUAAGAAAUUCAAUAAUAACUUGAUGAAUAAGAUAAUGAAAUUACUUUAGAAAAUACUAAUACAACAGAGGAUAUUAAUAUUGAUGAUUUACCUUAAAUUGAAAUUAAGAAGAAAUAAUUGGUGAAAAAAGAAAUUUCAAUAAAAGAACAGGUUGAAGUUGAAAAUAUUAUUACAAAUGAUGAUAUAAAUGGAGAAGGAACAGUUCAAGAAGACAACAUUGAGGUUUUCUAUAAUGAUUCUUAAAUUGCUGAUACUGAAUCUGAUAACAAUUUAGCAGUUUAAUCUGAAGCAGAAGUUAUUGAGAAUCUUGAGGAUUUAUAAGAUUGUGUUGAAAAUGAUGAGGAUGAACAUACUGUAGAAAAUAAGGAAGAUGUUACUAAGGAGAAGAAUGAAAAGAAAGAUAUGCAUCAUUCUAUUAAAGUGAUUAAGGAAGAGAAAAAAUAAAAUGAAUAAUAGGAUAAAUCUUUAAAGAUUGAAUAAAGUGAGAAAUAAAGUAAAUUUGAAGAAUAAUUACAUUAAUAAAUUAUUAAUAAAAAAUAAAAAGAGAAAUAAUAGAUGAGUCAUGAUGAAUAAUUUGAUUAAAUUGUAAAUGAAUUAGUUCAUGAAUUGGAAGCAUCAACUAAUAAGAGAGUUGAAACAAGAGAAUAAGAAUAAUAAAUAUAUUAGGAUAUUAAAAAAAAUGUAGAAGAACUUAGAUAAAUACAUAAUAGUGAUGAUGUUAUUAUUAAGAAAAGGAUUGAUAUAGUUGAAUAAGAAGUAGAAACAGAUGAAAAAAGUAAGGAUAAAGAAUUCCAAUAGAAAAUUGAAGAAUUAUUGAGAAAUUAAAAGACUUAAACUGUUUCAAAUAAUAAAAUUAAUGAUGGUGAAAGAUAUUAUUUGGAUAAACCUGUUAAUUAAGCAGUUAGUGAUUAUGAAAAAGAAUUAAAUUAAAGAAAAUAGGAAGUUAUGGAAAAGAUUAAAAAUGACUUAUAAAUUAAAAAAGGUAGAUUUUCAUAGGACAAUUAGAAAUCAGAUAAUUUAACUCCUUAUGAAUUUGAAAGAAUCUAUUUGGAUUGGACAUAAAAUAAAAAUGAUAUAAUUUCUAGUAUGUUAUCUCAUGCAUCAGGUUCAGAAAUUUAAUUGGAAUCAUCAAUCUCAGAGGAACCAGUGAUCAAAGUUGAAAGAGUAUCUAAAAAAUAAGAAGUUGAAUAAGAAAUCCAAGAAUUAUUCUCAAGUUAUAAACCAAAUAAAAAUUAAUAAAAGAGAACAGGAAGUAUUAUUAUUAAAUAAUUAUUUUUAGAUUCAAAUUUAGAUCAAUAUGAAACAAGUUUUUUGGCAGUCAAUCAAAAAGUUAAAAAAUCAAAGAAUUUGAGAGGAAAUAAAUUAUGAUGAUGAAAAAG